AUGACUCCCAUCAACCUUACUGUCUUCCACCCUGCAGUUUUUGUCCUACUUGGCAUCCCUGGGUUGGAGGCUUAUCACAUUUGGCUGUCAAUACCCCUUUGCCUCAUGUAUGUCACUGCAGUCUUGGGAAACAGCAUUCUCACAGUGGUCAUCAUCACAGAACACAGCCUUCACGAGCCCAUGUAUUUCUUUCUCUCCAUGCUGGCCAUCACAGACAUCCUGCUGUCUACUACCACCAUACCCAAAGCCUUGGGAAUCUUUUGGCUCCAGGCAAAUAACAUUGCCUUUGAUGCCUGUGUCACCCAAGUCUUCUUUGUCCAUGUGAUGUUUGUAGGUGAGUCAGCCAUUCUGCUAGCCAUGGCCUUCGAUCGCUUUGUGGCCAUUUGUGCCCCACUGAGAUACAAAACUGUGCUGACAUGGUCUGCUGUAAGAAGGAUGGCUCUGGCCAUUGUCACCCGAAGCUUCUGCAUCAUCUUCCCAGUGAUCUUCUUGUUGAAGCGGCUGCCCUUCUGUCGCACCAACAUCAUCCCCCAUUCCUACUGUGAGCACAUUGGAGUGGCUCGCUUGGCCUGUGCUGACAUCACGGUUAACAUCUGGUAUGGCUUCUCAGUGCCCAUUGUCAUGGUCAUCUUGGAUGUGAUUCUCAUCGCUGUGUCUUACUCACUGAUUCUCCGGGCCGUGUUUCGUCUGCCUUCCCAGGAUGCUCGGCACAAGGCCCUCAGCACUUGUGGUUCCCACCUCUGUGUCAUCCUCAUGUUUUAUGUUCCAUCCUUCUUUACCUUACUGACCCACCGUUUUGGGCGUAACAUUCCUCGACAUGUGCAUAUUUUGCUGGCAAAUCUUUAUGUGGUGGUGCCACCGAUGCUCAACCCCAUUGUCUAUGGUGUAAAGACUAAGCAGAUCCGGGAGGGUCUAGUCCACCGGUUUUUGGAUGUUAAGGCUUGGUGCUGUUCCUCCACUCUUGGAUGAUGAAUCCCAUUGAUCAUCACCCCCAGGUUCACCGAAGAAGCUAAGUGUGAAAUACAGAAUUACCUGAGACUGGGAGUGCUCUUAUCUUCCUUUCCUCAUUCUCUUCUGUUUCAUUGAUUUUAUUU